AUGGCUCACCGAGAAACUUCACCAAUGUAUAAAAGUGUCUCGUUCGGUCUUAAUGAAAGGGUUGAUGAUCAAUUAAAUACUCUGUUCAACAGCCUGAUUCAUCUAUAUCCCAUGGAUAAGAAUGGUCCAAUGAGUGGCAAUUGUGAUCAUCAAACCAAUCAAAUGGAACAAUUUCUUUCGCAAACAUUUGGGUUCAAGAAUAAACCUGGUGAAUAUAUUGUUCAAGGUGUAAAAUUCUUUGAAUUGGAACAUCGUCUAGACACAAUGAAUCCAGAUACAGUCAUCUACUUUCCUUCCAAUAUUCUCCAUUCAUUCGCCAUGUCAGUAAAAGAAAUCAUGGGCUGGCAACGUUCAUAUAGAGUUUAUGCCGAUCAAAAUAUUCAAGGUUUGAAUACAGAAUUUCUUCAGCGUGCUCUCGAAGGACACAGUAAAGAUGGCGGAGAAGCUUUCUGUAUGAAAUUUGUCGUAAGAAUUUCAACAUGUCCAAUCUUGAUGGAAUUCGAUGCUAAAGUGAUAUCUCGAAGUUUAGAGGAAGAAUGGCCUAAUCGCGUCAAACUUGUUUCCGUAACUGGUAUAGAUUUCGCUGGUCGAAAACAUGAUGUCUGUGACAUACUAUACUAUAUAACGAAUUGGAGAGAAGUUUUUGAAGUCGAUCCAAAGUCAGAUUUGCCAUUCGUCUACAACGGAAGAGAUUUUUAUCCAAGAGCGAAGGGGCCACCAGGUGAGCUUCACGAAGAUCGUGUUCUACAUAGUCUGAUGCGUAUGGUUGCACUACGACUAAAAGCAUGCGAUGAAGAAGGUGUUGAAGUUGUUGUUGAAACAGGCAUUGGCCUAGGUGUAUUUGCUGGUAACCAUAUUGGAAUCGAUUCCAAAAUUCGAGCAUUUUCAGCAAAGGCUAGUCGAAAAGUACUCGAGCAACAUGGAUCUACUUAUAAAAAUAUUCGUGCUGUAGUCUUUGCUCUACCUAUAUUUAAUAAAAGUGGAUCGAAACAUUCUGUUCCUGAUACUUAUGAUGAUUACGUAAACGAGUUUGAACAAGCGAAAUACAAUGGUCCCAUACCAGUGCUAAUUGCUGAUCAAGAUAUGCAUCGAUUGACUGUCGCGAUUGCUCGUCUCGGAUUCAAGGUGUCUGAACUAAACCCUGCUGAUUCACAUGGUGUUUUUGGUGAAUAUUGGCAAAAUCGAGGACCAGCUGUAGAAGAAAAACUAGCUUUGACAACAGUCGGUUUACUUGUACAACAUCAUCUGAUCAAUCCACAUGUACUCAAUACAGAUAACUAUCGGCUUUUAAUAGUCGACAAAGAAUUACUCGUAUGUCCUCAAACUACCAUCGAUGAUAUUGAAGUGGGCCGCAUUUGCUGUUCGCAACAUUAA